UUGCUCGGGAUAUCCGGUGAUGCAGUCGCAGUUGCAAUCGCCCGUUUUUAGACAAAAAUUUGUUCUCUUCAACGGUGUCAUGAUAACAAACUACUUGGCACAGAAAUGAGCCUUGUGUACUGGACUGAAAUGACCUUAAUAAAAAGAUUUGACAUAACAAGCUUUGCAGUUUCUGGUCGUUAUCCAUUCAUUGUCCGUCGUUGUUAUUCAACUCGUCAUGGAAAAAGCUCUGGCGAUAUCAAAUGUGUUCCUAGGUCUUUUGGCCUUCAGUUUGCAGGUUUCGGCUAUGGUGCUCUUCCUUUCGGUUCAGGAUAAAGUGGCAACCGGAAUCUGGGGUGGAAUUUUACUUGUCAUCUUUGCUCUUUCUCUCAUCAAUAAAUCGCUGAAUUCCAGCGGAACUAUCAGGAUUGCCGUAAUGAUCGUUUCACUGAUUGGUGUCAUGAUGAUCGGGCUCUACUCCUGGAGCAUCCAUUCCUACCACGAAUUCAUUGGCUGUCACUCAUUUUUCGACUUUGUUUACAUAUGUCCGAACAACAGCCGAAUUGUCAUCGAUUCUUUGAUGAUCGUCUGUGGGAUUCUCAUCGUAAUCGUCAACGGAAUCAUUGGCCUCAGAGCAUCCGCUUUUAUUCAUAACCCGUACCAAUUGCCUGGGACUAUUGGCGGAAUUUAAAAACAUCAAUCUGUUCCGUUCUGAGCAUUUCGAUAAAAAAGCGCGAUAUUUAAAAAUAAUUUAAAAUUCUGAAAUUGUAUUUAUUCCAACCGAAAUCAAAAUAAAUUUGAUGUUCUCACAUAAAUCAA